AUCGGCGUUAAGAAAGGUGGAGUUUCUGGGCACGGAAAGUUCCUCAUCAUCAUUCGCUGAGAAGGACCGCUAACAUCAGGUUUCGCUCAAUAACAAGAAGAUGCUGGCAUGCACGGAAAUGAUCACAAUGUGUCUUCAGUCGGCGAAGCGAGAGCAUCUUCGCUCAAAGCAAGAGCAGCAACUGCUGCAGAACCACGGACUUUCCAUUUUUCACGACAUUUUUCAUCGUGCAGACAAAAAUGAUGAUGGCAAGCUCUCCUUUGAAGAGUUCAGAGCAUACUUUUCUGAUGGGAUUCUCACAGCCGACGAGCUUCAGGAGCUGUUCUGUUCAAUCGAUGGGCGACAGGCUAACAACCUUGAUAUAGACAAGCUCUCAGAUUACUUUUCUCAGCAUCUUGGGGAGUAUCUGCAUGUUCUCUCGGCUCUAGAAAACCUCAAUAUUUCAAUCCUAAAAGCAAUGGACAAAACUAAAGAGGAAUACCAGGGCUCUUCCGUGCUGGGUCAGUUUGUAACACGCUUCAUGCUGAGGGAGACAUCCAGCCAGCUGCUGUCUCUUCAGAUGUCCCUGCAGUGUGCCAUGGAGGCCGUAGAAGAGCAGAGUAGCCCCACAGCGGCUGAGGUAAAGGUACCAGAGCAUCUCUCUGUACAGAAGAAUAACAGGAAAUGUGGCCGCAGAAUGCAGAAAAAUAUGUGCCUGUCUCCCACAGACCCGUACUCUGGCAUCCUCACUACAGGUGUUACUGUGGACGCAGAUGAUCACUGGUCCUCUCAGAUCAACAGACUGCAACAGCUCAUUGACAAACUGGAGUGCCAGAGUCCAAAGUUGGAACCCCUGAAAGAGGAUCCACUAGCUAGCACAUAUAAAUCAAACAUUCUGUUGGUCCAGAGGCAGAUGAGAGUGACAGAGGAUAACCUCGAGGAGUUUCAAAAGGCUCUGAAAAGCUAUGCUGACUCCACUACCAACCAGAGUGACAACCUUCAUGUGUCCAUCCAGAAGCUGCCUGAGAAGAGCUGCUACAUAAUAUAUGAGUUCUGGCAAGACCGCAUCUCCUGGAUGAGUUAUCUGCAGUCUGAGGCAAGUAAAACAUUCCAGCGGUGCAUCAUUGAUACACUGGAGGAUCCUGAACUCGUCUCCACCAUGCUUAUGCCUGCAUCCUGGUGGAUCAUGACAAACAAUUAACCCUUAAAAAAAAAGCAAUAUGCAACCGCCAUCUUAAAAGAAGGAGAAGGAGAAAUGGAAUCCCAAAAAUGACCCUACACGUGGGAGGGUUCUUUCCAGUUCCAAGUCUGAACCUGACAGCACCUUAUGGCUUCACUUCGGUUCUUUUUACAGUCAGCCUUGUAUGGAAAAAAAAAACAAAAAAAACCCCAGAAACCCCAAAUGGAACCACCACUCAGGCAUGGUUCUAAUCUCUCUAGCAUGUGUAGAAAUUCAAAAUGACUUUCACUCUCAGCACAAGCGGGUGACUAAAGCGUUUGAAGAUAGCGUGGCUUUGAUGUGGAAACCGCUUACAGAUUAGAAAAUCCAAAGCUCUGUCCUAAAAACACAAUAAAAAUACAUAUGUGGAAAGGCGGAGUACUACUACUUUGACAACUUCAGACUCAGUGUUUUGCUUCUUGGGGUACCAGUUUAUGAAAAAAACAAGGAUAACUGUUCAAGAUUGCAUGCUUAUUAAAGCUUUUCAUUUUAGACAUCAUUGACAUAAUCCACCCCUGCUUGCUCAAGGUGACUAUUUCUAAAGGUAAGAUCAAACUGUGUGGUCCUGUGGAUAGAAUAGUCCUUAUGUGGAACGUAGCCUUUCUGCCUCGUGGUUCCUCAGUCCCCAAGUCCAUUCAGUACUAGCUCAUUUAAACAAAGGUAACUGGUUUACUGAAUUCAUUUGACCUCUUAUUGUUUUAUAAACAUCAAAAUCUGCAUAUGUUGUGUUAAUUGCUUGACCUAAGGAAAUGUACUCAGAUUUAUUUAUGCAACUGUUUGAAUAUUCAUCCACUGUAUUUAAGCAUCUAAGAAGAAAUAAAAUUAAAAACAAUUUGUGUA